GCUAGACGGUGCAGGACCUAGUGACCAGAAACAUGGUUAAUGCUUUUUUCUCAUCUUUUUUCUUUUUGGAAACACUACCAGCUCCGCGUGUUUCCCGCGUUCCUUCGAUCCCUCGUAGUACCUCUCCUGCCAAUCCUGCAACGGAUCAAAUCCCCCAACAAACACAAUGGUCGCCGGAAAAUCCACCCCCGAAAUAUCCACCGCGUUCGGCCCGAACACAUUCACCACUGGGUGGUCCCGAUUCCGACCCUUCCGGCAAAAACGUUUUCCACAUCAGUCCGUGAGCUCUAUGUUCACCAGCGGCACACUCUUCAGUCUGGUCUUCCGAUUCCGUCCGCUCCUCCGCCGAAAAACGGCUGAAUCGCCAACAUUCCGACCACUUUCAGAUCCCGAAACUCGUGCCCGCUCGCUCUGAUCGCCACGUGGUGCACUAUGUUCCCGCCGGCGCUGUCCCCUGCCAGAAAACACUGCCCGAGAUUCACGCCCUCGAACAAGCUGCUUUGACUGUCGUUGAUGAACUUGAGGACGUCGAAACACUGCACGGAUACCGAUUCUCCGGCGCGAGGCGGUAGUUGACGGAGAGGACGACGGCGGGGAGCUCGCGAGCGAGGCGUUCAAGAAGGGAGUGGAAGCUCGGUCGCACCAGAGACUGUCAGGAAGAAGCUCAAGAGGACCGUCAAGGAAAGAUUUCCCAGAGCUUUCGACGCCGAUAUCGAUGCUUUAUUCCCCCCAAGGUGGAGAUAAAGGUUUCAAAGUAUCAAAAUCGAGUCCUUGUAUAUGGCAUAGAGGGAGGCUUUCAUUUGACAUGGGUUCGAACCUGCUUGCAACAACAAUACAAACGCGGUGGGCCCCUGCUGACUUGAUUGCAUUGACUAACUAGUAAAGUCUGAACUCUGAAGACCGGAGCCUCCUCCUGCUAAAGUCUUCAUGAUCUAGAUUUAUCCUCACAUUUCAGCUAGUCUCUCUAAUCUCACUAAAUCUACACUUUUUGAUCUCUGUCUCGCCCUUGCUUGCUUCUCAAUCUUGUUAUAUUUUCUGUUCAAGUACUGCUGCUAUGUGAUUCCCAUGUUUGAACACUGAACCGCAACUUCAAAUUGAUCCCAAACUCAGGACAGUAGGUUCAAUUGGAAAUGAGCACAGAGAGCUCUUCACCUCCUCGGUGGAAAUAUGAUGUCUUUUUGAGUUUUAGAGGCAAGGAUACUCGAAAGGCUUUUACAGACCAUUUAUACACUGCAUUGGAUCAUCAAGGAAUCACAACUUUCAGGGAUGAUCCUGAACUUCACAAAGGGGAAGCUAUUUCUCCGGCAGUUUUUGCUGCAAUUGAAGAAUCAAGAUUUGCCCUCAUUGUUCUCUCACAAAAUUAUGCAUCGUCAACGUGGUGCUUGGAUGAACUUGUAAGAAUUAUUGAAUGCAUGAAAGCAAGAGAAACAGUGCUGCCAAUAUUCUAUGACGUUGAUCCCUCUGAUGUACGAAAGCAAACAGGGAGUUUUGGAGAAGCCUUUGCUAAUCAUGAAGAAAGGUUUAGGAUUGACAAAGAAAAAGUGCGUAGGUGGAGAUAUGCUUUAACUGAAGUGGCAAGUUUCUCUGGGUGGAAUUCAAAGGAAUGGUAUGAAUCAAAGCUCAUUAGAGAUAUUGUUGAAGUAAUAUGGACAAAACUGCAACCUACAUCAUUCAGUUAUGCAGAAAAUCUAGUUGGAAUUUACUCAAGAUUGCAGCCACUCAAUUUGCUUUUAGCUGCAGGGGUGGAUGAUGUCCGCUUCAUUGGGAUAUGGGGAAUGGGCGGGAUUGGUAAGACAACUAUGGUUAGAGCGGUGUAUGAGAGAAUCUCUCGUGAAUUUGAAGUUAGCUUCCUUCUUACCGAUGUUAGAGACUCCGUUGAAAGAAGUGGUCUACUAAAUCUACAAAAGCAACUUUUCUCUGGGAUUUGGACAAAAAAGGCUGACAUAUCAGACCUUCACGAAGGAGCCACCAUAAUAAGGAGGUUGUUAGGUCAUAAAAAGGUUCUUCUCAUUCUUGAUGAUGUGAACCAUUCAAGCCAUUUGAAAUAUUUGGCAGGAAGUGAAGAGUGGUUUGGUUCAGGGAGUAGAGUUCUCAUCACAACUAGAAAUGAGCGUUUGUUGAUCGAACAUGGAGUAGAGAGAAGAUUGAAGGUCAAGGAAUUUAAUAAUGAGGAUUCUCUUCAGCUUUUCAGCCUGAAAGCAUUCAAAAGAGGUUACCCUGAAGAAGAUUUUCUUGAUUUGUCUAAAUCUGUUAUAUAUUAUGCCAAAGGUCUCCCUUUAGCUCUUGAAGUACUGGGUUCUUUUUUGCAUAGAAGAGAUCGAAGUGAAUGGAAAAGUACAUUGAGAAAACAAGGAAAAGUUUGUAACUUGGAAAUUUUUGACAUACUCAAAACAAGUUAUGAUGGUCUAGAUGAUGAAGAGGAGAAUAUUCCUAGACAUUGCAUGCUUCUUUUGUGGAAAGAAAAAAGAUCGAGUAACAGAAAUACUGAUCAGUUGCGAUGUUUCUGCAAUUAUUGGAAUAAAAGUUCUUACCGAAAGAUCUCUCUUGACUGUUUCACAUGGAAGAUUAUGGAUGCACGAUUUGAUCCAAGAAAUGGGUCGGGAAAUUGUCCGUCGGGAAUCUCCUAAUGAGCCAGGCAGGCGCAGUAGGUUAUUGCUUCCUGAAGACAUCAAACAUGUCUUGACAAAAAAUACUGGAACAGAAGCAAUAGAAGUCAUUGUUCUGGACUCAACUGAGUCUGGAGUAAAGGUGGACGUGAAUGCUAAAUCCUUUUCAAUGAUGAAUAGAUUGAGAUACCUUGUCAUUGAGAAUGGGAACCUAUUGAAUGGGCUUGAUU